AUGGUCAAGGCGAACAAGUUGUUACUCAAGUACUCCAAUGUUUUCUCGUCAAACGAAGCUGACAUAGGAAAGACUGGCUUAGUUCAACACAAAAUUGAAUUGCCUAUAUUUCAGAGGCCAAGAAGAUUGCCUGUAGCACUUGAAAAGGAAGUGGAAACCAUGAUUGAGGGAAUGGUGAAGGAUGGUGUUAUUGAACCUUCAUCUAGUCCAUGGUGUUCACCUGUGGUGCUGGUAAAGAAGAAGGACGGCAGCAUGCGGUUUUGUGUUGACUACCGCCGCCUGAACGACGCUACGAAGAAGGACAGCUAUCCCUUGCCUAGAAUUGAUGACACGCUGGACAUGCUCACAGGCGUAAAGUGGUUUAGUACGCUGGAACUGAAAAGUGGCUACUGGCAGGUUGAAAUUCACCCUAAGGACAAGGAGAAAAUUGCAUUCUCCACAGGAAAGUGUCUGUGGCAAUUUAAAGUCAUGCCGUUUGUAUUGUGCAAUGCUCCAGCAACGUUUGAAAGAUUGAUGGAGCUUGUACUUACCGGGCUAAUUGGAGAUGCCUGUCUGGUCUACUUGGAUGACAUCAUCAUCAUAGGCCGUACGUUUGAGGAACAUCAUCAAAACCUGGUACGCGUGCUCAUGAAGAUCCAGAGUGCCAACCUCAAGUUGAGUCCGAAGAAGUGCUCACUAUUCAAACGGCAAGUUAGUUUUUUGGGGUAUGUAGUGUCGGAAGAAGGUAUCCGCACGGAUCCAGAGAAAAUUGCCGCUAUCAAUGAGUGGCCGGUUCCAAAAGACAAGACACAGGAGCUCAAGAACCGUCUGUGCAAAACACCUAUUUUGGGGUACCCUGAUGCAGGCAAGGAAUUCAUAGUUGACACAGACGCAAGUGAUAUAGGACUUGGCGGUGUGUUGUCUCAACGAAAUGGUGAUCAAGAGAUUGUGAUAGCGUACGUCUGCAAGUCGUUGUCAAAGUCGGAAAGGAACUAUUGUGUUACAAGACGGGAAUUGCUUGCUGUGGUAAAGUCCUUGCAGCAUUUUAGCAAAUAUCUUCUAGGGCGGAAAUUCCACUUACGAACUGACCAUGCUGCACUAAAAUGGCUAUUGCAGUUCAAAAAUCCGGAAGGACAAGUUGCGAGAUGGAUUGAACUACUGCAGGAAUACGACUUUGUGAUCGAACAUCGCAGCGGGAGAUCUCAUGGCAAUGCAGAUGCAUUGUCAAGAAGACCUUGCCCUGAUUGUACUGCAAGCAUUGUACUAGGCAAGAGGGUAAGGAAGUGGUAUCUGUGA